AUGUCCCUGUCAGCUAGUCCGGCUCCACCUAUUGCGGGUCUAGGCCCGUUGGUGGCCGGAGCAGGCCCGCCGUCAGCAGACUCUCUACUCCUCACACUACGCAACAAACCGCAUGCAAGAGUGUUCCGCGCUUUAUUCCAGUACCUACCUCUUCGUGAUUCUCCAAACGAGAAUCCUCAGCUUGAACUGGCGCUGGCACCUGGUGAUGUGCUGCUGGUCAAGGGCGAAAUGGAUUCGGACGGCUUCUACCGUGCAGAGACUUUGGAUGGUCGCACUGGUCUGGUACCCUCGAAUUACGUGGAGCGAGUGCCGGAUUCGGUACUUCUUUGCAAUGCCAGAGCUCCCUCACCAUCAUUUCCCCUUCAUGUCCCUCAACAUCACUCUUCCAUCACGCACGACUUUUCCGAACCUGACCACAGCCAGUUGCCCGACUCAGUCUGUCCCUAUCCACCAGCAGACGUUUCUAAGGUCACCGUGCAAGAGAUUAAGCAGAAUGACACUCCAAGAGUGCCAUGUCCUCGAGAUUUGGUUGUGGAGAAGAAGAUGUCGCGAUCGGUGGUGGUUGCCUGGUCGCCGCCUGAAGAAUCGUUCGUCGCCGUAUCGCAGUACCAUGUUUGUGUGGACGGACAAGUUCGAGCAGUUGUUCCUGGCUCUUACAAGUGUCGAGCGCUGGUUGAAGAUGUCGCCUUGGACGGCUCGGUGAAUCUCUCCGUACGAGCGCUGUCGGACCAAGGUCAUAGCCCAGACGCAGCCUGCACUAUAACGCUCGGCAAUGAAGCGGCGGUUGCCCCACAGCACCUCCGUGUGUGGGCCGUCACCCCGUUGUCCGCCUGUGUCCGAUGGUACCCGUCAAACAGCAACGCUGACCACGUCGUCUCGUUGAAUGCCGUCAAAGUGGGCGUCUGUCCCCCGACCGUCUUCCAGGUUCAACUGCAAGGUCUCCAGCCGUCCACGAUUUACCGAGUAUCAGUUCGCACGAAGCAUCCGAAGGCUGUGUUGGAACAACGUCCCGUCGAGCGCUGCUUGGAUUUCAAGACCCUCCCAAAAAUUGGUCUUCCCGACCCGCCUACGAACGUUCAGGCAGAAAACGGACCUCAAGCGGGUACUCUUCUCGUUUCGUGGACUGCUGUCACUAAUCAGCCAAAACCACCUUCUCGAGCCGCAGUCCAUUCGUACCUAAUAUACGCCGACGGCAAGAAUAUCGCCCAGGUGCCUUCAGCUACAGCCGACCACGUUCUGUUGCGAUUGGCAGACCUCUCCGACGAUCCUCCAAUUUUCAUCACAGUUCGGACUCGAACGCGAGAGGGUGCAGUGUCGUGCGACUCAAACGUGGCUCGCGUUCCUCGUGGUCCGUCUUUUGGAGCGAUUUCUGACGGCCUACUUCAGACCGCUCCUCUAUUGGAUAUGGCGCAGUCCUACCCCACCGGUCAUUACGCUACAUCUCUUCCUGGGCCACAGACUGCACCUUACACUGCCCCACCAAUGCUCACUUCAAUGCCCUUUCAAGCUAAUCCACUUUCUUCGUAUACUGCCUCAGCCAUUCAGGGAUACAAUAGUUUAGUCGGCGCCGACCGUAUACCUACAGCAGCAGCAACUCUUGGCAGUAAAGCCAUGGGCGGCACGAUACCAGGGGCCGCGCAGUUACCCUCUGCAACCCUGCCAAUGGGUGCAGUGGGGGCUGGGGCGAUGCCCAGUGGCAUGAACGCUUCUGGCGGGACGUUGCCGAUUUCUACCGCACUAGGGACCAGUUCUAUAGCUGGAGUGCUGUCGACGACGCCAGGACCACUUCCAAAGUGGAAGACGUCACAAAUGAAGCAAUACUACACGUUUCACCCUCGAUUGAUCCGCGGAGAUGGAACAACCACAGACGAACCGCGGCCAUCCGUUCCUGAUAUGGAGAACAGUUAUCUGCUGCGACACCGUCAGUCGGAAUGGGGAGGGCAUUCUGAGUGGGCAGGACCUACAGACGCUAGAAUGAGAGUGGAAGCAUAUGCACGACAGGGCGCUCGAGCCGGAAGCGCCGACGAUCGACCUCCUGCGAGGCACAGGCUGGUUCCGCCACGAUUAGCAAGAGUGAAAAGCGAAAGUGGAUUUGGCACGAGAAGUGAGCCCGACUUGCGACCGCCCACACUGGAAGACGAUUGUCGCUGGUUCGUCGCCCUGUUCGAUUAUUCACACCACAUGUCACCCAAUGCCAACGCAGAAGCGGAUGAGCUUUCUUUUAGGAAGCACCAACUAAUCAAGGUAUAUGGCGAGGUGGACGCAGACGGCUUCUAUCAUGGACAAAUAGGCAACCGAGUUGGUUUGGUUCCGUCGAAUAUGGUCAUUGAAAUCGCAAAGGACGACUUGCUACCGAGGAGAACGCGGUCGGAGGCAGUUGCAGCCGAACCGUCCCUACGAAGAAUGCGAUGGGGUUCAUUGAAGUCGAGAAGUUAUGACCACGCUGGUGACAGAAGAACGCACGACAGACCGCCCACCUCUUCUCACUUUGCCUCACUUGACCGGCGAGAAAUGGAGCGACGGGAGAUGUCUGCCACUAGAGUGGACAGGUACCGCAGAAGUAACGGGCGAGACUACGAGUAUCGAAGAGACUACGACGAUCGGUAUCGAGAGCCACGAGAUAUGCGGGAUCAUCGGGAAAUGCGCGAACCCCGAGAUUUGCGCGAGCCCCGAGAUAUGCGUGAUAUGCGCGACUCGCGCGCCAUCCGCGACGAUUACCACCGCGACUACAGAGAUGAAGAAGAGUACCGUGGCGAGAAGUACCGCGAUCGAAGUUACGAUCGCGAGCGAGAAAGGGAGCGAGAGCGAGACUACGAGCGCAGAGACGACCGAAGAGAGGAUCGACGUGACCGGGAAGAACGACGAGAAGCAGAAAGGCGGGAGGAACGAAGAGAAUACGAACGCCGGCACGAUUACCCACGAGAGGAUAGGGAUGGCUACCGAAGGGAGAGGCGAGAAGAAGGCUACCGGGAAGACCGUCAUUACGAUCCUUACGCGUCACGUUACGACUCCGGCGUGCCGGGACCAUCUGGAACGAGUCAGGUUGCAGCUCAGCUGCAGCAACAGUCAGUGCCUCAAGGACCUCCUCAAAUGGCUCAAUUAGCCCAUCAGCUAGGCCAAAUGCAGAUGGUUGCGUCAGCGAUGCAGCCAACUUCUUCCCAACAAGCUACGUCUGCGUUACAUGCAGGAAUGCAGCCUGGCGUGUUGCCUGAUACGGGUGUAAAUGGCGUGCCGACAAGGAAAAUGGUGGCUAAAUUCGACUACGAUUCUCGACAGUUGAGUCCAAACGUAGAUGCUGAACAGGUUGAACUGUCCUUCCGGCAAGGCGAUAUAAUCACGGUCUUCGGAGAAAUGGAUGACGACGGUUUUUACAUGGGAGAACUGAAUGGUCUGCGUGGUCUCGUGCCUUCUAAUUUCUUGCAGUCUUCACCUCUCACUUCUCUCGGCCCAUCCCAGCCAACGGAGCCGAUGCGAAAAGGAGUCGCCUUUUCGGAUGCCCAAGCUGGCGCAGCGAAGAAGAGCAUGCCGGCGCGACAAAUGUCGCAGACCUCGUCAGUAGCACCAGCGGCUGCGAAACCAGCUUCGAAAAAGUCUACAGCAGCGGCUCCCACCAAGCCGCUUGCGAAAAAGACAAGUGACGUCAGCAAGACAGCUCCGAAUGUCCGGAAGACGAGCACGGCAGUUAAAAAGGCUGACUCGUCCGCCAAGAAGAAAUAA